CAUUGAUACUGGAACAGGUUUGGGACAACCACGACGGGCAUUUCCACAGCAAAUGUUCCCGCGCCAUGCCUGAGAGUGCCAAGUUGUAGCCCGCCCUCUCUCGCUUUAUCGGCGAAGCAUUCAAACAUGGCUGCCUCCAUGAGACUGCGGCUACAUUUUGACGGGAAUGUUUGUACGCAGAUUUCACCGAGAAAAUGCUGGUUCUUGGUCAAUUUAGACAGUUGCAAUGUUGUAGCAGACUUAGAAUACUUGAUAAGACAGCGGUUUGAGCUCGAUCGGAGAUUAAAAAUCCAUUUGUACCUGGAUGAUUUUCUGCUACCAUCAAUGGAGAAAAUUCACGUUGUUCGGGAUAACGAUACGUUGUGGAUCAAGCUGACUGAGAUGGAAAGUCACCUUCUCCAAAGACUUGACGAACAGAGUGAAGAAAGUUCAUCUGACCCAGAAAAGCAACAAGAGAAAAAAAGAACGAGCAAACCUAGAAAAAGGAAGUCCCACACAAGGCCUGAAACAAAGCAGAGAAAACAGAAGAGUAGAUGUAACAAGCAUGACAGCCAUCUAGAUCAAAACACAUCUGAUCAUAGAAGUGUUGAGUUUCAGACAGAGGGGAAAAAUUGGGGGGAUAGGAAACAACACUCCAAGAAGAUGAAGACAGAUCAUCCAGAAAAGAGAUUGGAAGCUCCAUCUCCACUCCAAACUGAGUCAAAUAACGUAGAUAAAGCAAACACAAGUUUGAAAUCUAGUACAGGUAGCAUUCAAGAUCAUUGUGAGAAGUCCAAAAAAACGUCAAGUCAAGAUUCAACUCGUGUAACAUCAGUGGUAAAAAAAACAAAAAGAAACAAAGAUGUAACUGAAAGAAAAAGCAGCUCUAUCAAUCAAAGAAAACUAAAGGAGGACAGAACUGGUGAUUGGUCAAUGUUAGCCACAAGUUACCAUCAGCUUGCCUCAGGAACUGAAAGUAGUGUCACUGAAGAAAGUGAAGUACAAGGUAUGGUUUCAACUCAAGCAUCUGGAUUGAUGUCCAAUGCACCAAAGCAUGCAAGUUCAAGGGAUAUUGUGACUGAUGUGGCCUCCAGUUUAUGCCAGGACGAGAAUGGAAAGGCAAAUGUUGGCCAAAGUUCAAGAGAGGAGACCAGAACACAGAAUGUUGUUAGCAAAAAGAAGCUGAAGCCCAUCUGCUCAGCAGGUCAUAUUCGGUUUGAGUCGGACUCUGACUCGUGCUCAGAAGACUCAGCCCAAGCUAGUGAAGGGGCCAAAAGCCAGACAAGUAAAGAGCAAAGCAAUGCAGAGAAAACUUUAACAAACUCGGAAGAUCAAACACCGACAGGUACUGAUCAUCUGCUUGGUGAAAAUAGGACUACAGAUGAAUCCGUGCCUGCUCCUCCUGCAAAUGACAUUCCAGAGUUGCAGCCUUCUCCCUCUGGUCAGUUUUCCAUCAAGGAACAGUUCCAGAACAACAGCAGCUCCUCUCCCAGAAAAGCAUUCACUGCCAGAGGGAGGGGAGUUGUUAAAGGUAACAGAGGGAACUGGAACAAGAAGAAUCAACUGGCAGCAAAUCAGACGAACAAGUCAACUAUCGUUCAGAAUGGACCAUCAGAAGCUGUGCUCCCUGCCAAGGACUUUGGCUCUUUCCAACCACUGGUUGGCCCACCUAGACAAGGUGACAUCAUUGCCUACAAGAUCCUGGAGUUGUCUGAAUCUUACUGCCCCGAGCUUUCUAACUUCAAGGAGGCCAAGGUUUUGAGCAUUGAUCCAGCAAGUGGUACAGUCGAGGUACAACUCCAGUCUGCUGCAAUGUUGACCAAACCUUCCAAACCGGGCAAGUUUGACCUGCCAUUGGAAGAAGGAGGAGAACCGCAGGAUGUCUGCAAUGAAGAGGCUGAUCAAGAUUUAACAAUAUGUUUGCAGCUGCAGGAUCUGAUCGAUACGCGCCUUGUUCCGUCAUCUGCUUAGUCACUAAAAUUGGUAAACAGAACUUUAGCUCAGAACCAGAUGUUUCGGAACCCAUAUGAAGUGCAUUUCCAUCAUCUUCAUGCAAGGCAGGACGUUUCUGAUGUCUAUUUCAUCUGCCAGACUACACACCACCAAGUACCAUUAUGAAGCAGAUGUCUCGAAACUGCUAAGACUUUGCUGCUUGAAACUGCUCGGCUUAUUAUCGUUUUCAUUCCUUGGGGACAAACAAAGAGGGUUGGUUAACAAAUGGAUGCCACAGACACAAGUGUCACUGCAAAGAAGUUAGAGAUUUGUCAAGAAAAAAAAUGGUGUGAACUCUACACCAGACAUACAACCAAGCAUGCGCACACCAAGUCUCUCCUGACAUGGCCAUUGCUUAAUUACAUGUACAUGGGAAAGAACUCCUGUUGUGCAUACACAUGGAGUCCAUAGGUGUUUAAUAUAUUCACAAAGGAGCCAUUCCUGAUCUUAUUCCCUGACUCUGCUUUAUAACAUUUGUGAAAUGUUGGUUUGAAUAGAACCAGAGUUUUUGUAACUGGUGUGCAUUGCAAGUCUCCCUCCAAAAUCUGCCCAAUCCUCACUUGAUAAUGGCCAGAGGAAUUCUUUGCAAAUGCUAUCAUUUCCCCCUUCCAAAUCAAACCCCAUCUAUGCUGCAGUGAAUUUGCAUGCUGAGACAGUCUCCCAUAUUCAUCAAUUUUGCCCAGUCUUUGACUUCAGGAAAAACAAACUGGACUAAAGAAAAUCUGUAUUUGUUUCUGUCUUCUGUGUUUGGAGGCAAGAUGAACACAAUUACUGUCAUUUGUACCCUCAACUUCCCCAGAUUAAUAGUUAAUCUCGCCUUCAAUUUCAAUGACUGACAUGAAUAAAAACUGUUGCCAAGAAUAAUUGGCAAUGGCUCCCAAAAAGGAGCCCCCCUCCCAAUUCUCUAAAAAUAAUGGGAAAGGGGGCAUUUUAGAGGUCUUUUUUCAUUUCCCCUUUCCCCAAAGCAUGUAAAAACCCCCUAAAUAUAGCUUCACACCUCUGAAUGCCAUAACAGGUUAUCAAUGCUUGAAUAAAAUUCAAAUUUAUCCCCCGAUAAAAGUUCUGCCUCCCAAAAUGUGGCUCUACUAGAUCAGUUAUUAGAUGAAUCGUACCAUGUGAUCAAUGUACAGUUAGGAAGGUAGUCAAUGUGUCAAGUAACUGUUCAGCGCUGGUUCAUGUCAACAUUUGUUGGGUUAUGAAUGAACCAACCCCGAAUCCUGCAAUUUUAGAAUUCUGUGUGAGUUUUACUUUUUGGAAAACAGUUUCAGAAAUCAUAUCCCAUGACACAGUAUUUUGAGUGGAUUGAAGGAACAAAAAGCAUGUAGUGAACACCAAAAGUGACUAAAGUGGACUUUGUAUGAACAGGAUACUUACUAAUUUCAUUUUAAACUUGAAUAAUUUAGCUGUAUAGAAAAAUGUAACUUUAACUUCUUAUUUAUAUCCUGCCAUACGCGCUGCCAAAUUUCAUACUGUCUCCAUAAUCCUAUAAAUUUUUUGGCUUUGCUUUGCAAAUGUCAAUAAACAGUGCUUCCUGAUCUCACAGUGAGCUCAUUGCCUGGAUUUGUCAAAAGGUUGAGCAGUUUGGGACCCAGACAGUGCCCAAAGGUUCAAGUGCAAGACAGACAUUUGGGUGGAUUAACCCAAGGAAAAAAUUGGGGAAUUGUAUUUGUCAAAUUUGUCAGCACCCAAACUCCAACACAUGAUUUUGUGCUGAAAUUGAGUGGUGUUUUGUCAACAGGAUAAACAAGGAAUUACCUGUUGUCUUUUUAUUAUGUUGUAAUGAAAUAACAAUUGCACAAGUGUUCCUUUUCAUGGAUAAGGUUUCACUUUCAAUUUCAAGGAAAAUUUAUUCUUGUAUGUUCUUUUCUAAAGUUUCAACCAAAUACAAAGAAUACAUGUACAUGUAGAUUACGCUGAGAGGUGCCAAGCAACAGACAAUUCAGCUGUAGUCAAACUAUAAACUUAGUCUUUGAAAUCCCUUUGUGGCUAUCGGAUUGCUCUUAACACAUUGCUGAAGUAUCCUUUCAUGACAGAUGUCAUUUGUAGAAGUCAUUUAUUACAUGUAUAAUUUGCCUUUUGGAGACAAGUGAUGCAUGGCGUGUUCACAUGAACUUUUUAACACUGUGGGUACAAAAAAUGAAUGAGAUCAUAAAUAUUUUAAAAUGAAUUUACAGAUGUUAGAAAUUUCGUACAAUGUACAGUACUGUUUGGCCAGCUUUUGGUCAUCAGUAGCCUUGUGUAUACAUGUAGAUGGUUUAAAUUAAACAGAACAUGCAUUUAUUAA